UCAGAUUAACGGAAGACGUCUGCGUACAGGGAAGGACACUGCUCGUUCUACCCUCAGUAAAUGAUUACCAGAUUGCGGUUCCUAUUCGCGCACGGCAGAGAGAGUGGAUGUAAACAAUAUAGAGGUUUCCCUUUCGUCAGGCUCUUCCAGAAUCUUCUAUUUUGUAUCCUAAUUAAUUGAUGCAGUUGAACAGCGAUUAAAGCAGGUGAUAUCGAUCUGGUUGAAAGGACAUGACAAGUGAGAGGCCGGCGGUGAAGAUGCCGGGAGCUGUGUCUCUUUCGGACCGUGAAAUCCCCCCGGGUCAUGGGCAGCAAGUGUGCUCAGGUACUGGGAAAAUAAUGGUAUCUGGCUCGGGUUCUAUGGUUCUACCGGGCGGGAUAAUCAACCCGCAGGUGCCCAUCCGGAAUAUCAAGAUGAAAUUCGCGGUUCUGAUCGGAUUGAUCCAGGUGGGGGAGGUUAGCAACAGGGAUAUCGUGGAGACUGUGCUCAACCUGCUGGUGGGGGGCGAGUUUGACCUGGAACAGAACUUCAUCAUAGCGGCAGCGGAGAGCCUGGGCUGUAUAGUAGAGCUGUUGGAGCACUGUGAUGUGACCUGCCAGGCUGAGGUGUGGUCCAUGUUCACAGCCAUCCUCAGGAAGAGUGUCCGUAACCUCCAGACCAGCACUGAGGUGGGCCUCAUAGAGCAGCUACUGCUGAAGAUGAGCUCCGUUGACGACAUGAUCGCAGACCUGCUGGUGGAUAUGUUAGGAGUGCUGGCCAGCUACAGCAUCACAGUGAAGGAGCUCAAAUUGCUGUUCAGCAUGCUGAGGGGAGACCGAGAACUCUGGCCGAGGCAUGCAGUGAAGCUGCUGUCUGUUCUGAACCAGAUGCCUCAGAGACACGGUCCAGACACUUUCUUCAACUUCCCCGGACGCAGUGCUGCGGCUAUAGCGCUGCCUCCCAUUGCUAAGUGGCCUUACCAGAACGGCUUCACUCUCAACACCUGGUUCAGAAUGGACCCUCUAAACAACAUCAACGUAGACAAAGACAAACCAUAUCUCUACUGCUUUCGCACGAGUAAAGGAAUCGGCUACUCUGCACAUUUCGUGGGCAACUGUCUGAUCGUGACAUCGCUGAAGUCUAAAGGCAAAGGCUUCCAGCACUGUGUCAAAUAUGACUUUCAACCUAGGAAGUGGUACAUGAUCAGCAUCGUCCAUAUCUACAACCGCUGGAGGAACAGUGAGAUCCGUUGCUACGUCAAUGGUCAGCUGGUCUCCUAUGGCGACAUGGCCUGGCACGUCAACACCAGCGAUAGUUAUGAUAAGUGCUUCCUGGGUUCGUCAGAGACAGCUGAUGCUAACAGGGUAUUCUGUGGUCAGCUGGGGGCCAUCUAUGUGUUCUCUGAGGCUCUCAACCCAGCUCAGAUAUUUGCCAUUCAUCAGCUGGGAGCGGGCUAUAAGAGUACGUUUAAGUUUAAGUCGGAGAGUGACAUCCACCUGGCAGAGCACCAUAAACAGGUCCUGUAUGAUGGGAAGCUGGCCAGCUCCAUCUCCUUCACCUACAACGCCAAGGCUACAGAUGCCCAGCUCUGCCUGGAGUCAUCGCCCAAGGAGAACGCCUCCAUCUUCGUCCACUCACCCCACGCCCUUAUGCUACAGGAUGUGAAGGCCAUAGUGACCCACUCCAUCCACAGUGCCAUCCACUCAAUAGGAGGGAUCCAGGUGCUGUUUCCUCUCUUCUCCCAGCUGGACUACCAUCAACCCAAUGCCCAGCACAACUACCAGCACCAUGAGACCCAGUUGGAGACUACCGUCUGUGCCACCCUCCUGGUGUUCCUGGUUGACCUGUUGAAGAGCUCGGUGGCGAUGCAGGAACAGAUGCUGGGAGGGAAAGGAUUCCUUGUAAUCGGGUUUCUGCUGGAGAAGUCCUCCAGGGUCCACAUCACGCGUGCGGUCCUGGAGCAGUUCCUGUCCUUCGCUAAGUACCUGGAUGGGUUAAGCCAUGGAGCGCCGCUCCUCAAACAGCUCUGUGACCACAUCCUGUUCAACGCAGCCAUCUGGAUACACACCCCCGCCAAGGUCCAGCUCUCUCUGUACACAUACCUGUCUGCAGAGUUUAUCGGCACGGCAACCAUCUACAACACCAUCCGUCGUAUUGGGACUGUGCUGCAGCUGAUGCACAGUCUGAAGUACUACUACUGGACCUGCAACCCUGAGGCCAGCAGUGGCAUUACACCUAAAGGACUGGAUGGUCCAAGGCCCACCCAGCAGGAGAUCAUCUCUCUCAGGGCUUUCAUGUUGCUGUUCCUCAAACAACUCAUCCUCAAGGACCGAGGCGUGAAGGAGGAUGAGCUGCAGAGUAUCCUGAACUACCUGCUAACCAUGCAUGAGGAUGAUAAUAUCCAUGAUGUUCUUCAGCUGGUAGUGGCUCUGAUGUCAGAACACCCAGCCUCCAUGAUUCCAGCUUUCGACCAGAGGAACGGCAUACGGGUGAUGUACAAGCUUCUGGCCUCGAAGACUGAGAGCAUCAGAGUCCAGUCCCUCAAAGUCCUAGGAUACUUUCUCAAACACCUGGGACACAAAAGGAAGGUUGAGAUCAUGCACACACACAGUCUCUUCACUCUCUUGGGGGAGAGGCUGAUGCUUCACACUAAUACUGUGUCAGUGACCAUCUACAACGCGCUGUACGAGAUCCUGACAGAGCAGGUGUGUACCCAGGUCGUCCACAAACCCCACCCUGAACCAGACUCUACAAUCAAGAUACAGAACCCCAUGAUCCUUAAGGUAGUAGCGACUCUGUUGAAGAGCUCGUCCCCCAGCGUUGAGUUGAUGGAGGUUCGACGUCUCUUCCUCUCAGACAUGAUCAAACUGUUCAGCAACAGCCGCGAAAACCGACGGUGUCUGCUGCAGUGUUCAGUAUGGCAGGACUGGAUGUUCAGUCUGGGCUAUAUCAACCCUAAAAACCCAGAGGAACAGAAGAUGAUGGAGAUGGUCUACAGCCUCUUCAGGAUCCUGCUCUACCAUGCCAUCAAGUAUGAGUGGGGAGGUUGGAGGGUCUGGGUGGAUACGCUCUCCAUCGCUCACUCCAAGGUAACAUAUGAGGCCCAUAAGGAGUACCUGGCUAAGAUGUAUGAGGACUACCAGCGUCAGGAAGAGGAGAACAUUAAGAAGGGGAGGAAGGGUCUGGUCAGCACCAUCUCAGGCCUGCAGGACCUCCAGGCUGGGGGCAUCCAGGGGAACAUGGAGAUCAGAGAGAUAGACUCCCAGACACAGACCCCGGAGAGCGAGGCCGACUACCCCGAGACCCCCGGCCACCCCCGGAACAUACUGUCGGAGGGGAAGACAAGGGAGGAGGUGGGGCACGGGGGGACAGGGAGGAUGGGGUCAGGGGUCAGAGUGGAGGUUCAUGACCUUUUGGUGGACAUCAAGGCUGAAAAGGUGGAAGCCACAGAGGUGAAGCUGGAUGACCUGGACCUGUCUCCAGAGCCGCUGGGCGUGACAGUGGGUGUGGCUGGGGGCGUUGUCUCUGAGGACAGGGGCGGGGCGUUGGUCCAGGUGGACUCCCUAUUGGACAACGUUUACUGUGCUGCUGUAGAGAAGCUGAGCAGCAGCGCCGCCAGUGGAGUGCUGGUCCCCAACGCAACUGUCGCCGUCGCACCCGACAACCACAACACUGGUCCCCUCAUCACCCUUGCUGACGACGACAAGGACAGUCUCCCUAGCAACAGCAGCUUCCUGUUUGGCCAGGAAGAGCCCCUGGUCCUGCCAAGUCCUGCUUCUAACCCUGAUCCAGACCCCGAGUCCCCAAUCCCCCCGGGCCACAGCCAUGACCUGGGCCUGCUGGCCCACAUGACUGGCAGCUCUGAGCUGGGGACCGUCGGCAUGGUCGGCACGGUCAGUCCUGGUGGUCCGAUCAGCAAAAUCCUGGAGGAGGAGAGAUUUAAGCUCCAGACCACCCUGGGUGACGUCUCCUCCAUGCCCAGGGAAGAGGCCUGCUCUAAGGGGUCAGAGUUCACAGAGACGGGGGCUGGAGCUAGGGCUGGAGGGUCUGGGUUGUCAGAGGGGGGCGAGCCCUUGGCUGGUGGGAAAGGUAGUGGGACAGAUGCAGUCAGCAACACCUCAGACACAGAGAGGUCAGACGAAGGAAAGGAGGUUAAGAAGAUACAGACCACUGCUACUACACAGUCCCUCCAUAGUCGUACAGCAGCCCAGUUAGAGCGUGACCUGCGUGUGGACCUGGGCUUCAGAGGGAUGCCCAUGACAGAGGAGCAGCGCCGCCAAUUCAGCCCUGGCCCUCGCACCACCAUGUUCCGCAUCCCAGAGUUCAAAUGGUCGCCCAUGCACCAGCGCCUCCUCACCGACCUGCUGUUGGCCCUGGAGACAGACGUCCACAUCUGGAGGAGCCAUUCAACCAAAUCCGUCAUGGAUUUUGUCAACAGCAAUGAGAACAUCAUCUUUGUCCACAACACCAUCCACCUCCUGUCUCAGAUGGUAGACAACAUCAUCAUCGCCUGUGGAGGGAUCCUUCCUCUGCUCUCCGCUGCCACCUCUCCUUCUAGUACCCAGGUUAGUGCAUAUGCUGCUGAGUUGGAGAACAUCGAUGCGACCCAGGGCAUGUCUUCAGAGACGGCUGUGUCCUUCCUGUCCCGUCUGAUGGCCAUGGUGGACGUUCUGGUGUUCGCCAGCUCUCUCAACUUCUCUGAGAUAGAGGCUGAGAAGAACAUGUCCUCUGGAGGCCUGAUGAGACAGUGUCUUCGACUGGUGUGUUGUGUAGCAGUGAGGAACUGUCUGGAUGUUAGACAGAGACAGAGGGACAGAGGGACCAACAGUAAAAGCCAGGACAACCUGUAUGGUGCAGCAUCUGCCAACAAGGACCCUGAGAGACUUCUACAGGAUGUCGAUAUCAAUCGUCUGAGAGCUGUUGUGUUCCGGGAUGUGGAUGACAGCAAGCAGGCCCAGUUCUUGGCCCUAGCGGUGGUCUACUUUAUCUCUGUCCUCAUGGUGUCAAAGUACAGGGACAUCCUGGAACCACAGAGAGAGACCAACAGGAUGAUCAGCCAAUCAGCAUACAGCAUUCGCCACGAGAUCAACUCAUCUACCAGCACAGAGACCCCCCUGGCGUACCCUGACCAAAGUAAGGAGCCCCCCACCCCUGUAGAGGAGCUCCACAUAGAGAGAGGCUGUCUGCCGCACACUGACUCUGGCAUUGGAGAGGAACAGAUGGCCAGUGUGUUAAACGGGGCAGACCUGGACACUUCAGGUCCCGGGCGAGCUGACGCAAUGUCCUCCCUACUCGGCAGCCUCUCCUCUGGGGAGAAGCAUAGUCAAGAGUCCCUCUUGGAGCCGCCUGGCCUGGAGGUCCUAAGGACCACCUCCUCCAUCUCCUCCAUCAGCCAAUCAAACAUCAACGUCCGAAAGAUCCUGAAGAGCCUAGUUGCUGGGCCUGUAGAGGCGGUGGAACCUGGACCAGAGCCCCUCCCCUACCCUGAUUUUGCCAUACAGAGAGAGACCCAUUCCCCCAUGCUGCCCAUGCAGUUCCACUCCUUUGACAGGAGUGUGGUGGUCCCAGUGAAGAAGCCUCCACCAGGCAGUCUGGCUGUGAACACGGUUGGACACGCAUCCUCCAGCAGCCUGGCAACAGGCUCCACCCCCAACAUCUUUGCUGCAGCCUCCAACACCCCCAAGAGCAUGAUCAACACCACCGGAGCUACAGACUCAGCCUCCUCUUCCUCCACCUCCUCCUCAUCCUUCGUCAACGGGGCCACCAGUAAGAACCUGCCCGCUGUCCAGCCGGUGGCGCCCAUGCCUGAAGACACAGUGGAAAACAUGAGUAUCACUACUAAGUUGGAGCGUGCGCUGGAGAAGGUGGCCCCCCUGCUCAGGGAGAUCUUUGUGGACUUUGCGCCGUUCCUCUCCAGGACACUGUUGGGAAGCCAUGGUCAGGAGCUGCUCAUAGAAGGUCUGGUGUGUAUGAAGUCCAGCACCUCCGUAGUAGAACUGGUCAUGCUGCUCUGCUCUCAGGAGUGGCAGAACUCGAUCCAGAAAAAUGCCGGCCUCGCCUUCAUCGAGCUCAUCAACGAGGGAAGAUUGCUGUGUCAUGCUAUGAAGGACCACAUCGUGCGUGUUGCCAACGAGGCAGAGUUCAUCCUCAACAGACAGAGAGCAGAAGACGUCCAUAAACAUGCUGAGUUUGAGUCUAACUGUGCCCAGUACACUGCUGAUCGGAGGGAAGAGGAGAAGAUGUGUGAUCACCUGAUCAGCGCUGCCAAGCACAGAGACCAUGUGACUGCCAACCAGCUCAAACAGAAGAUACUCAACAUCCUCACCAAUAAGCAUGGAGCCUGGGGCAGCCUGGCACAGAGUCAGCUGAAUGACUUCUGGCGUCUGGACUACUGGGAGGACGACUUACGGAGGAGGCGGAGAUUCGUACGGAACCCCUUUGGCUCCACCCACCUGGACAUCCCCUGCAAGACGCUGGACGACUAUGGCAGCGAGGAGGAUGAGUUGGUCAAGUCGAAGAAGGGCUUCCACAGCCAGACAGUAGCCAAUCAGAGCCCAGAGACGGACUUGAUGUUGGAUGGAGACGAUGACACUGCCAGUCUGCUGCAGGAGAAGGAGAUGGACAAUCUGGCUGGCCCAGUGGUCCUCAGCACCCCGGCCCAGCUCGUGGCCCCGGUAAUAGUGGCACGAGGGACGCUCUCCAUCACGACGACCGAGAUAUAUUUCGAAGUGGACGAGGAGGACCCCUCCUUCAAACGGCUUGACUCCACGGUCCUGGCGUACUCAGAGGGUCUGCAUGGUAAAUGGAUGUUCAGUGAGAUCAGAGCGGUCUUCUCCAGGCGAUACCUGCUCCAGAAUACUGGCCUGGAGGUCUUCAUGGCCAACAGGACGUCAGUGAUGUUUAACUUCCCAGACCAAGCCACAGUGAAGAAGGUGAUCUACAGUCUACCCAGGGUCGGAGUAGGAACCAGCUAUGGCCUACCACAAGCCAGGCGUAUCUCCAUGGCGACACCCCGGCAGCUCUUCAAGUCGUCCAACAUGACCCAGCGCUGGCAGAGGAGGGAGAUCUCCAACUUCGAGUACCUCAUGUUCCUCAACACCAUCGCAGGGAGGACCUACAACGAUCUGAACCAGUACGCCGUGUUUCCCUGGGUUCUCACCAACUAUGAGUCCGAGGAGCUGGACCUCACCCUGCCGGGCAACUUCAGAGAUCUCUCCAAGCCAAUUGGAGCAUUGAACCCGAAGCGUGCUGUGUUCUAUGCAGAGCGCUACGAGACGUGGGAAGAGGACCAGACCCCCCCAUAUCACUACAACACCCACUACUCCACCGCUAACUCCACCAUGCUCUGGCUGCUCAGGAUAGAGCCUUUCACCACGUUCUUCCUGAAAGCUAACAACAACAAGUUUGACCAUCCAGACCGGACCUUUUCAGCCAUCACCCGCUCCUGGAGGCACUGCCAGAGAGACACCUCAGACGUCAGGGAGUUGAUUCCAGAGUUCUACUACCUGCCGGAGAUGUUUGGUAACAGUAAUGGUUACCACCUGGGCCAGAGGGAGGAUGGCAGCAUGGUGUGUGAUGUAGAGCUGCCUCCCUGGGCCAACAAGCCUGAGGACUUUGUCAGGAUCAACCGGAUGGCCCUGGAAAGUGAGUUUGUGUCGUGUCAGCUGCAUCAGUGGGUUGACCUUAUUUUCGGCUACAAGCAGCGCGGGCCCGAGGCGGUGCGCGCCCUCAAUGUCUUUCACCACCUGACCUACGAGGGUUCCGUCAGCCUGGACAGCAUCACUGACCCCGCCCUCAGAGAGGCGAUGGAGAAGCAGAUUCUGAUUGUUGGACAGACUCCGUCUCAGUUGCUCAUCGAGCCACAUCCUCCUCGCAGCUCGGCCAUGCACCUGUGUUUCCUUCCCCAGAGCCCUCUGAUGUUCAAGGACCAGAUGCAGCAGGAUGUGAUCAUGGUGUUGAAGUUCCCCUCCAACUCCCCGGUGACACAUGUAGCAGCCAACACCCUGCCACACCUCUCUGUCCCUGCCGCUGUCACCGUCACCUGCAGCAGACUGUUCGCUGUCAACCGCUGGCACAACACUGUCGGUUUGAGAGGAGCGCCAGGUUACUCCCUGGAACAGGCCCACCACCUGCCCAUAGAGAUGGACCCUCUGAUUGCCAACAACUCUGGGAGUAACAAGCGUCAGAUCACAGACCUGGUGGAUCAGAGCAUCCAGAUCAAUACACUCUGCUUCGUGGUUACCGCCGACAACCGCUACAUCCUGGUCUGUGGCUUCUGGGACAAGAGUUUCAGAGUCUACUCUACCGAGACAGGUAAGCUGACCCAGAUAGUGUUUGGACACUGGGACGUGGUGACGUGUCUGGCCAGGUCAGAGAGCUACAUCGGGGGAGACUGCUAUAUCGUGUCAGGGUCCAGAGACGCUACUCUGCUACUGUGGUACUGGAGUGGACGACACCACAUCAUAGGAGACAACCCCAACAACAGUGACUACCCGGCACCGCGAGCUGUGCUGACCGGCCAUGACCAUGAGGUGGUGUGUGUCUCUGUGUGUGCCGAGCUGGGACUGGUCAUCAGUGGAGCCAAAGAGGGGCCAUGUCUGGUCCACACUAUAACAGGGGACCUGUUGCGGGCCCUGGAGGGCCCAGAUAACUGCCUGUGUCCCCGCCUCAUAUCUGUGUCCAGCGAGGGCCACUGUAUCAUCUGCUAUGAGAGAGGACUCUUCUGUAACUUCAGCAUCAACGGGAAACUACUGGCUCAGAUGCAGGUCAACGACUCAACACGGGCCAUUAUGCUGAGUAGUGAUGGCCAGAACCUGGUGACGGGUGGAGACAACGGGGUAGUGGAGGUGUGGCAGGCCUGUGACUUCAAACAACUCUACAUCUACCCAGGCUGUGAUGCUGGUGUCCGCGCCAUGGACCUCUCUCACGACCAGAGGACUCUCAUCACUGGCAUGGCAUCCGGCAGCAUUGUGGCGUUCAACAUCGACUUCAACCGGUGGCACUACGAGCACCAGAACAGAUACUGAGGGUUACAGAGACAGAGAGGCAGUACAACAUGGCUGCUGGUUUGGAGGACACCUGGACACUACUGUUAACCAACUAUACAGGUUAGCUGCUGUUAACUACCUAUACAAGUUAGCUAACUACGGUAUAAGAGUUAACUAAUGUUAACUAACCUUACAGGUCAACUACAAGUUAACUACAGGUUAACUAACUAACCAUAAACUGUUUACCAGAUUAGUAAUACAGUGUAGGAAUACAGUGGGGUCUGCAAUUAUUGACACCCUUGAUGAAGAUGAACAAUAAUGACUGUAUAAAAUAAAUAAUUCAAAAACGGAGCUAUAUUAUAUGCUCCCAAAAAUGUGAGAAUUAUUUUAUGUUAAUACAAUUGCUUAGAGAAAGAGAUUUUAUUUAACAAGUAAAAAACUAUUCUCAAAAAGGUAGGAGUGAAAAUUAAAGAUCCCUAAAGAUUCUUAUAAAUAACGUUGUAGUAUUUGGUACCAUAUUCAUAGCAUGCAUUGACUACAUCAAGCUUAGGAUUCUACAAACUUGUUGGAUGCAUUUGCAGUUUGUUUAGGUUGUGUUUCUGAUAGAUAUAGAAUGGUAAAAAUGAAUGGUAAAUAAUGUAUUCUGUCAUUUUGGAGUCACUUUUAUUGUAAAUAAAAAUAUGAUAAGUUUCUAAACACUUCGUAAUUAAUGUGCAUGCUACCAUGAUUCCAGAUAAUCUUGAGUGAAUAAUGAUGAGUGGGAAAGUUACAGAGGGUCAAAGAUCAUCCCCAAGACAUGCUAACCUCUCACCAUUACCAAUAACAUGGGAGGUUAGAAUGUCUUGGGGUAUGAUCUUUGACCUGUUAUAAUCUGAAGUACCCAAAAGGGCCACUAGAUGUUGUGUGAUAGAUUACAUAAAAUCCUUAAAAGAUACCAAAAUGCUGGUAGUUUAUUGGUAAACUUCAAACAUUUCCAGUAAUACCCUCCCUUUGCAACCUACAUUUAAAAUAUAUAUAUAUAUAUUACUUGUUAAACAAAAUCCCUUUCUCUGAGAAAUUUAAUUAUUAUAAAAUAAUAUCUAUAUUUUUAUUAUACAAUAUAGCUCAGUAUUUGAAUUAUUUAUUUUAUACAGUUAUUUUUGCUCAUAUUUAUCAAGGGUGUCAAUAAUUUCAGACCCCACUGUAUAUACUAAGGUCUAGAGAGAGACAGGUUAAAAUAUAGGUUAUAAGACGUGGAGAAAAAGCACUUCAAUUGAUGAUCUUAGAAGAAGAGGUCAGUUAUAGUGCUACAGUGACAGUUUCUUUCAACACUGAUUCAAAAAAAUGAAUGUACGAUUUUAUUCAACUGGUCAUAUUUAAAACUGUGAAAAAUACAAUAAACAAACCUACGGUUAAUAACGUUUAUACAACAUUUGUAUGUCAAAUACAUAUCAAACUUGGGACACUUUUCUAGGAAAAAGGAAAAACUGUUGUAUAUAAGGGUGAUGUAAAGAGUUUAUUUCCAGAAAAGAUUUGAAAAGAACAAGACGCCCCCAUUUAGUCUCCAUUUUGACAGUUGAACCAUAAUUCUAUGUUCCAAACCGUGACAUGACUCUCUCACAUCAUAUCUUAGUGUGCGUCCAAAAUGGUACCCUAUUCCCUUUACAGUGCGCAACAUUUGAUCAGGACCCAUAGGGCUCUGGUCAAAAGAAAUGCACUAUAAAGGGAUUAGCAUGCCAUUUGGGACGUAGAUUAGUUGGUUAGUAAUAAUAACAGAUAGUUGGUCUCCCAUCACAGUAGUCUAUUGAUGCAAUGUAGGUGUCAAAAACAACAAAUUGUUCUAUGUUAAUUUGAUAAUGUGUUUACAUGUCUGUAAGGGCAAUUUCAGAACUCUGCGUACUGUGUGAAAUGUGUCCAUUGUAAUUGUAAUUUGUUUCUUAAUCACGUUUCACAUUAUCAGCAGGAAAUAACAAUCCUUGUAAUGAUUUCCAUCCCAUUUGUUGUUCGGUAACUAUUUUAUUUAUAUUUCAACAAAGGCAAAGAUUUAAAAUUACUUUGAUCUACUUUUAAAAUUACUACCACAGGCUAGUCAGGUUUAGUCGUCAUGGUUUGUAUUUCCAGCUAAUGGAUUGAUAAGGAAGGCAGUGCAAGACGUCAGUUGUAGAAACUCUGGAUGAUAACUAUGGUAACUCAAUAUGAAAACUAUCAAUAUCAUGAGUUUAUUAAGCCUGCAAUCCAGACCUGUUUUGUACUACCAUUCCACUCAUUGUACUCUGUGUCAUAUGCCAAACAUGACAUGAUAUUUGGCAUGGCAAGUUGUGGAAAGGAAUGGAAUGUUAGCGCAAACAGACUGAUACCCAGGCUAAAUGAAAGGUUGGGGCAUGUAGCUAACCUAACCAAGAACAGGCUAUAGUCAUUCCAAAAUUAUUCUUAACUAUAUUGAAUAAACAGAACAUUUUACAACAAUGUUAAAUAUACCAUGUGUGAGUUGACAGUAAGAUGAAAAGGAAAAAAAGAAAUGACAAUAUGCUAAGAGUUUGGGUUUGCAUUGUAAUGGUACAGACAGCAGCCUAGCUAAACCAGGGGAUCUGCAUGCAGAGACCUACAGUGGCUGUAGGAUGGAAAAGCUAUCUUACUUUACUGGUUUGAUUCAUAAUAACAAUCAAUAUGAAUUUGACAUUCUGAGUUUAUUUAGAAUAUUUGACAAAUAUUUGUGUAAGGAGGAUUUUGCUAAAUAAAUGCAUUUUAUUUGUGUUGACAUUAGCACUGCAAUUUGAGUCGUUUUUUUAAAUAACAUUUCUUAUUGCUUUCAAAAACUUUUUUUGAUUUGUAUGUAAUAUAUUUUGUUGAUAUAAGUAUAUCAUAUGAUUUUAUAAGUUAUUUGUAUUUACCUGUUGUUUUUUGCAUAUGUUGCCAUUUCUGAGGUAUUUACCUUGUGUUUGUUUGAAGCUGUUUUACAUUAAGCUCUGCCAAUAUAUACAGAUUGAUAAACUGUGCAAUAUAAAAUUGGUUUCCUUUUUGUUGUAUUUAUAAUAAAAAUAAAUAAAGCAAGCUCUUAUGCAA